AUGGACUAUAUGAGAAUGAAACCAGAAGGCACGAACACUCCCCGCUUCUAUGGAUUUCCUAAAGUCCACAAACCAGACAUCCCUCUCAGAUCCAUUGUUUCCCUACCAGGGACACCUUCACACAAAGUGGCCAAGGACAUACAACAGAGACUGAAACACUUGAUUGACGGAUCAUCCCACUCCAUCCACUCAACCCAAGAAUUCAUCAAUACAGUCAAGAACAUAAAAAUCAGCGAUGAUGAGAUUAUGGUUGAGAUACCGAUUGUACAGCUAGUGACAGAUUGGCAGCACCACCCAGUGUGUGCCCACAGGAUGAAAGCUGGGAUCUUUGGAACUGACCAUCGACAUGCCUUACUCCGAGGGGAGCCCACCGAGCUGCCCGUGGACCAGUCUAAGUUGGUCCGGGUGUUCAUCAGUUCCACAUUCACAGAUAUGAGCAUGGAGCGUGAUGCUCUCCUGGACAAGGCCUACCCAGAGGUACAGGAAUUCUGUCAGAAAUUGGGCCUAGUCUUUGAGGUAGUUGACAUGCGCUGGGGAGUACCAAAUACACUGACUACUGACCACAUGAGCACAGAACUGUGCCUGAGAGAGAUCGAAUCUUGUAAAAGGAUGUCACUGGGGCCCACUUUUAUUGCUCUGGUGGGCAAUCGCUACGGAUUUCGCCCCAUCCCCCGAGUCAUUGAGGGCGAAGAGUUUGAGGAGCUACUCCUGAAAUACUCUUCCGAUUCCCAGUCCUUGAAGCUGCUUCGGGACUGGUUCUGGAAAGACGAGAAUGCGGUUCCACCUGUGUACAUCCUCCAACCUAUCACCACACAUCUCCUGGACUACGGCGAGACGAGAGCUGAGAGGCAGGAGGAGCACGAGAAGGCCCUGCGAUCCUGGUCUGAGCUCCAGCAGCGCAUUGCCAAUCUCCUGCGCCUAGCGGCCACCCAGGCAGAGAAAGAGGGACGAAUACCAAAAGGAGCAAGGCACAAGUAUUUCAAAUCAGUUACUGAGUUUGAGAUCGACCGGGGCUUAGGCGAAACAAGAGAAGGGGACUUGUGCUCUUCGGUGUUUGUCCGCGACAUCGCCAAUCUCCCGGAUCAGUUUGACCAAAAGCAGCUGCCCAAAUUCAUUGAUGUUAAAGAUGACGGGAGCGUCGACAUGGAGGCCCAGGAGCUACUCACCAGCCUAAAGGCCCAAAUUGUCAGCAAGUCUGCCAGGAGCCUACGGGUGCACUGGGUGCCGUGGUCAGGCGGAGUGCUGGACGUGCAGAGCCAAGCUCACGACGAGUAUCUCGACGACCUGUGCCAGAACUUUGUGGAGGACAUGAAGCAGCAGAUCCAGGCAAAGUUGGUGGCACAACGUGGAGCCCAGGAGGAACCAGCCUGGCUCUUCGAGGAACUGCGCCACCACGGGCAUCUGUGUAGGGCCAAGCGCAGCGUCUUCUGCGGGCGCUCGCGGCUCCUCAGCGACAUUGGCCAAUGUCUUGAGCUGCACGACAGGAGCGCCCACUGGCCGAUGGUUGUCCACGGGGCAUCGGGGACAGGAAAGACAGCGGUGAUGUCGAAGCUGGCCGAGGAGGUGAGGAAAACGUUCAGGAAAGGCUGCGUGGUGGUCACCAGGCUGCUGGGUACAUCGGCCCUGAGCUCAGACAUACACUCAGUGCUGAAGAGUGUCUGCUUCCAAGUGUGCCUGGCCUUCAGGCUCAAACUGCCUGCAGCCCACGUCACCAACUCUUAUGCUGAGCUGGUCCGAUUCUUCCACAGUCUCCUGAGCACGGUGUCCAAGAGAAACCAAGAGGCCCUAGUCCUUCUCUUCGACUCUCUGGACCAGUUAUCUUCCAAUGACGGAGCUCACAGGCUCCAUUGGCUGCCGAAGGUAUGCCCCGCAAAGGUCCACAUCAUCGUCUCCACUUUGCCCAAGGAGCACAACAUCUUGGCUGUGCUGCAGGAGGUGAUCCCAAGGCCUGAGUGCCACUUCAAAGUGCAGGCUUUGUCCAGCCAGCACGGCCGAGAGCUCAUCGACCUGCUGCUGAGCACGGUGAACAGGAGGCUCACCACCGAGCAGCGAGACCUCAUCCUGGAGCGUUUCCGCAACUGUGGCCAGCCCCUCAUGCUCAAGCUGACCUUCGACGAGGCCAAGAGGUGGAGCUCGUAUGUGCCGGCCUCGGAGCUGGACGUAGCUGUGGGCACGCGGGACGCCGUGCGCCUCUUAUACUCACGCCUCGAGAAGAGGCACGGCCGGGUAUUUGUCUCGCACGCCCUGGGAUACAUCACAUGCUCGAGGAAUGGACUGUCAGAGAGUGAGCUAAAGGAGGUCCUCUCGUUGGAUGAUGAAGUGCUCGGUGACAUCUACCAGUACUGGUCCCCUCCGAACAAAGACAUCGUCUGCCUCCCUCCCUUACUGUGGACCCGGCUUCGCUACGACAUUGGGGAGUACUUGGUGGAGAGGCAGGCAGAUGGGUUCCCAGUGUUCGGCCUUUAUCACCGACAGUUCACAGAGGUGGUGCAUGAGCUGUACCUCCAGGCAGAAGAGAAAACCAAACGCCACUCGGUGCUGGCUGAUUAUUUCAAGGGUACAUGGAGUCAUGGCAACAAGAAGAGCAUCACACUCCCACUCUUGAAGGACACUCUGGUUGCAGACAGGAAGGUCUCUGCUCAGCCACUGAGAUUUGGCGAUGAUGUUCUGAACUUGAGGAAACUGCGUGAACUGCCGCACCAUCUGCUGAAUGGGGGGCGCAUUGAGGAGCUGAAACAGGAGGUUCUUGGGAACAUGGAUUGGAUAGUUUGUAAGAUACAAGUCUCAGGAAUGAAAGGUUUGCUGGAGGAUUUUUAUGCAUGCACCAAGCAAAUUGAUUGUCCUGAGGUGCAGCUUGUUCAGGAUGCACUUUUACUGAUCUGGCCUACUGUGGACUUCAUGGAAAAUGGAGUAGAUCAGAGUGUCCUUUACAUUGAGAUGUUGGCUCGCCUCCAUUUCUUCAAGGAUUCUUACCCAAUGAUUGAUGAACUAUGCCAGCAAUGUGAAAGAUGGUGUGCUGCAUGUCCCAACCCAAUCUUUACUCCUCUGUGUGGCUUCUUUCAGCCUCCUGGGGGACCACUACGGACAACGUUGACUGGUUUCAGUAAAGGGGUGACUGCAAUGGAGUUAAGUACAGACUGCACACUGCUGGUGGCAGCUUCACUAGAUGGAAUGAUGAUCGUAUGGAACCUGUUGGAUAUCGAUGUGAUUCACACACUGACAGGCCAUUCUGCUGAGGUACAGUGCAUCAAGGUGAUUCACAACAAGGCUCAUGCUGUGUCCGGAUCCUUUGACCAUACGCUGCGCCUGUGGAAUCUACUGACCGGAAAAGAGAUCUAUUCCAUCCCAGAGGAUCACUCCGGCUAUGAACACUUUGCACUACUCCACGUGGAUGAAUCUACUGAUGUGAUCUACUCGGCCUCAGGCCCCCAGAUUAAGGCUUGGCACCUGAAAAAUGGAGAGCCUCUGUUCCAAUUAUCUGGUGGCACCCUGGACCACACCACAUACACAACAGUGCUUGGAUGCCACAGCUCGCUGCUCACUGUGUCAUUUGGGGGCACAUUGUGUGUGUGGGACCAAAUCCAGGGCACUCUACAGAACACUUACCAUCUCACUGGCCUAAGUCUCUCCACCCCAACCUGCAUCCUUCCACUCAGAAGCCAGGGCAAAGUCGCAGUGGGAUUCAACGACGGCUUUGUGGCAGUGGUAUCUCUGGAUGGGAGCUGUGUUACAGCUAAGAUCAAUUGUCCAAUCUCAUUCUUGCUUGCUUCAAAAGAUGAAAAGUGUCUUCUGGCAGGUACUGACCUCAGUGUGACUCUGCAUACCAUCGACACUGGCAAUGAAAUCUGCAGCCUGACUGUGGUACAGCUGAAGAGGUUACUGCUGUGCGGCCUGAGGUCUGGGUCCCUGCUGGUUUUCUGCAUGGAGACAUGGCAGAGGCUGACGUGCUGUCAGCCCCCAGGCCAAGGGGAAACAGUCCAAUGUAUCGCCAUUAGCAGAAGCGAGGAGCAGUUGGCAACAGCGUACAUCAGCUGCGUCACGGUGCGUGCUCUGCACAGUGCGGAGUCUGACCCCUUGCUGGGCAAUACCCUGGCCACUUUCUCCACUAUGCCACGCUUUGUAUUGUCCAGUAUGGCUGUCACAUCAGAGUGCAGUGUACUGUUAGGCAUGGACACCGGGGAACUCCACCUCUACACUGGGAACUCACUGCCCACUAUCCUGGAGCCUCACAACAGCAGAGUAACCUGCCUGGUGACCAGUCACAAGGAACACUAUGCCUUCAGUGGGUGUCAGGGACCAGUCCAGAGAAUAUGGAAUCUCCGGGAGCAGCAGUGGGACUAUGAGUUUUCCUACAAGGGCUUGUUCUUUCAGGGGGUUGAAUGUGCAGCGUUCUCACGGGAUGAUCGCUUCGUCUACACCGGCUCACGGGAUCGAACCAUCAAAGCAUGGGACCUUCGCAACAGUUGCCUUUUGGUGGUACAGUACGUAUAUGCAGAGGUGACCAACAUUGUGCCAACUUCCACUGGGCUCUUGGCCAGCACAAGGCUGGGCUACCUCAUCCGAGAGAACUUCACGUGCCCAGCAGUUACUGACACCAGUUAUAACCCUUUUCGAAACAUCCGGGCGAGCUGCAGUGUGUGGGUCAGACAUGGGCGAGGUACCAGGAAGGUCUACAGCACUGGACCCAGUAAUGGCAGCAAGAAGAUCUCAGGCAAAGGGCAAGCCAGAGGCUUCCUACAGAACAGCAGACCGUCCAUACUCUGCUGCCUGCUCUGA